CAUUCAUCUCUCGAAACGCAUACUAAUCCCCCGUACUACGCGGCGAAGCGCAGAAUCUCCAAUAUAAUUCCGUCAUCGAAAUCGACCUGAUUUCCAAGCGUUGCACUGCAGUCAACACAAGAAACCCUUCUGAGAACAAACAUUUCCCGGUGGUUCUUCAUAUCAUAUUUCGAAUAUACAUACGCGUAGCUUCAUCCAUUAUAUAUACAAUGCGCAGUUUAAUAGUUUACGUUAAUUUUUGCGCCGGGAAAAUUAGUGAUACUUAUUGAAAAAAUUUUUUUAUCGAAAUCAAAUCGUUUUUUCAAUAUGGUAAGUGACCGUUUCGUUCAAUCGAAUAUCCGCGACGAUCAAAAGUUUGCACCCAUAUCAUAAAACGUUCCAAUAAACAUACGAGGGUGCGUUUAUAUUUCCUAGGCGUUUAUGAUUGUAGUUUAGUCCUCGAAAGAUCCAAAAACGCGGUUUUUACAACAGUAAAUAGUCAAGGAACUAUCAGUUGAAAAUCUUGACGAAAAAAUAUGUUUUGGUGAUAGAAAAAUGACAAGCGACGAAGAUAAGGGAGAUUGGGGGUCUUUCUGGAUCGAGAAACCUCUUCCAGGACGUCAAUUUGAACGUUUGAGGUUGCACUGGAGACGUAGGCAAGACCUGGGUCAUUCGGGACCUUCGCAAAAAGGAUUCGAAAGAUGCACGUGUGAUCAAACGGACGAUCCGGUCCAUGUCCUGCCUGGCACACGAACCCAAAGAGGCGUGUUUGUGCCAGGACAAAAAAAGAACAGUCGUUAGAUCCGUGAAGGUUUGGGGACAACGAUCCCCAGCGUUCCUCAAAGAGUAUUUGGAAUUGGGAUGUUGUGGGAUGAAUUUGACUUCGAUUUUACAUUUUUCCAAAUAUUUUAACGAUUAUUUUUCGAAAUUGUUAGAGGAAAUACCAAAACUGUGAACCGAAAUAAAAAAAUAGAGGGCGUUCGAUCUAUACAAACCUAUUUUGUUCUGUACGACUCGUGGUUAUAAAAAACCAACAAAAGCCGGGGUACAUAGAUAGGGAUAGAUAUUGUUUUAUGAUUAACGGUCGAUUUGGUCUGAAUAUCGUAUUUUCGGUGCUAGUUAUCGCGGUCACCUCGUACAAGAGAUAAUUUUAAACAACUACAUGGGAAAUUACAGGAAAAAAAACCGACAGUUUCUCAUUGCCAUUUGACUAAUCACCAUAAACACAAAUUCGACGAAAUUAUUUUUAAUAUUGUUGAUAAUACGUUGCUAAUUAUGGAAUUAUUCCGUGGUUAACUGUGAUGCUCGAUCCGCCAUCUAUAAUAACCGAACACGUCGACCGCGACGAUUGUUUGGUAUACAAAAGUUGACCGAAACGAUGAGACUGAAAAAAAGAAGAAAACCUCGGGCGAAUGGAUGGAGAGUAAUUAGAAGAUGCGUCGUUUUUUUUACCGCCAUUUGUAUCGUACCGGUUUUAUUGGUACUAAUGGUAGCUACCGAUCGAUAUUCGCGACCGGUACCACGUCAUUCGACAUACGUACGACACCAGUUUGUUGAAAUCGAAAAACCAACCGUGGAAGCAUAUUUAAACCGAAACAUAUCAAUCAUAUCAAAACGAAUGGAAAGACGAAGAGAACACAUGAAAAAUAUGUGUAAAUUAUUGAAUUUAGACCGACCGGGGAACGAUUCUUUGCACAAGCCCAACCCAUGGGAAUUCCUAAUCGACAAUAAACAUCGUUUAAUCUGGUGCAAUAUUUUCAAAGCAGCCAGCACUUCUUGGAUGUACAAUUUUAAUAUAUUGGCUGGUUAUAGUCCGAAAUUUUUAAAAAAAACAAAGAUAGUGCCUAUGACGUUAGCUAGACAAAAAUACCCCCGACCGUCUCUACAAGAACUUAGGAAAGCUUUCAACACUUACAUAUCAUUUUUAAUAGCUCGACACCCUUUAGAACGACUUUUAUCAGCUUAUCGCGACAAAAUACAAUAUGCACUUCCCAAUACAUAUCAUAAAAAAUUAGGCAAUGAGAUCAUCAAGAAAUAUCGAUAUAAAAAAAAUCCAAUUCCUACUCAAAAAGAACCGACUUUUGAGGAAUUCGUCGAAUACCUUAUAGAUAGUGUAAAGAAUAAAGAAGAAUUAGAUAUGCACUGGACACCGAUAGUGGAAUUUUGCACCCCGUGUAUGUUCGAUUUUCAAAUAAUCGCACAUACAGAAACGUUACAAGAAGACCAAAUGUAUUUGAUCAAAUUGGCGAAGCUCGAAAAUAUCAUACAACCCGAAUGGAAGAAUCCCGGAAGAGGUUCUACUGAAAAUCAAAUUCAAAAAUAUUAUUCGCAACUAACGAGAUCGCAAAUAUUCCAACUGUACCACAUCUACAGAUAUGAUUUUGAGCUAUUCAAUUACUCGUUAAAUGGUUAUUUGGAAUAUGGUACAACGGAUAAAGAUCCCUCGUCUUUGUUGGCUGCUAUUAGUAUGAAGGACUUUGAGCAAAACGAUUUACCUAAAGUAUACUGAAGUAUUUGAAACUGCAUCAAUUUAACGAAAUUGUGAUAAUUAAUUGAUAGGUUGUGUUGUCUUUUUUAGAAUAAAGUUAUUGAAUUUUAA